AUGACUUGGUUGACUCAAGAAGUUAUUAUAUCUCAAUCAUUAAAGAGAAAUAAUCUUCCAUUAGCAAUUUCUGCCACAUCGAUAUCUCAGUAUCUAGAUAUUAUCGAAUUGAAAGCUUAUCAAUUAGAUUCUAAAGUAGUAUUUGUUCUAAAUAUACCUUUAGUUGAACCUGAAGAGUAUACUUUAUAUCGAAUUUAUCCAAUUCCUUUAUUAAGUACAACUUCUAAAUAUCUUGCGCGUAGCGAUGAUUCAUUGAUAUACAUAAUAAUUGAAGAUCCAGAAGCUUGCAAAUCAACAGGCAGAAACACAAAAAUUUGUUCCAACAUAUAUCCAUAUCCAAUCGAUAGUGAUGGUAUAUGUGAAGCUCAACUAUUGAAGCAACAAGAUCACUUGCCAAGAACCUGUCAAUCUUCUUUGAUCAUGGCAAAAGAAUAUAACAUAAACAAAUUAAAUUUAAACUUUUGGUUAAUAAUUAUCUCAGAUCCUUUACCAUUAACAACUAAAUGUGGAAAUAGAGACAUUAUUACAAAAAUCUUAAAUAAUAAUACUCUUUUAAAGUUACAAAGUGAAUGUAUUGGUUUUGUUGGCAGUACAAGAAUUCAAGGUCAAAAAGACAUUAAUGUUUAUGAUAAUAUCAAGAUUCCAAAUCUGAAACCACUGAAAUUAAGCAAACUGAAUCUAGAAGAUUUGAGUGUUGCAAAUCACAAGUUAAAUGAAUAUUCCGAACAAUUGAACAAUUUGAUCAAUGAACCUUUUGUGAAGAAACACCAUGGUUGGCUUACAAUUUUAACCAUAAUUGUAAUUGUCACCUUGGUCCUGAUUUACAUCUUCUGCAAAUGCAAAUCCCGUAGAAGAUCACGAAUUGGAAUUGCAAUUCUCAUGAUGACUACCCACCAUCACCUUGCCAUCAAGUUGAAUCUGUUUUCUCCAAAUGGAAGAAAAUACUGGCCUCGUAGAAGACCCAGUAUCCAUUUAGAAGAACCUAUUGAAGAAGAAUCUUUUGAACUUAAUCCUAACAAGAAUUCAGUCUAA